AUGGAGUUUGACAGAAGAUUUUUAAAUGUCCUGAUGCUGAGCUUCGGGUUCAUGCUCGUUUUUACUGCUUUCCAAACAAUGGGCAAUAUUGAAAAAACAGUGUUGGAGAGCAUUAAAAACGAGGACUCAAGCUUCAGCGGAGAUGGUUACACAAGUCUAGCAAUAAUCUACGCAGCACUAGCAAUAUGCAACUGGAUGGCGCCAUCAUUUAUCUCAAUAACCGGACCCAGAGUAGCAAUAUUCGUGGGGUCAUGCUGCUACGCCUUUUUCAUCGCUUCCUUCCUGAGCCCAAGCGCGACAUUCCUCUACACGGCAUCAGCGAUUCUCGGCUUCGGAGGCUCGCUAAUUUGGACUGGUCACGGUCAGUAUCUAACGGAGAACAGCGAUUCCGAAACCAUGUCACGUAACGCUGGUGUUUUCUGGGCAAUCUUCCAGUCGUCGUUGUUCGCGGGUAAUUUAUUCGUCUACUUUAUGUUCACUGAGCCAACAAUUGAAGGCUCUACUCGGCACCUGGUCUUCUGGGUGCUGACAGGCUUGUCAAUCGUCGGGACGUCACUCCUGGCGUUCCUGAGAAGGCCCCCGUUGCUGCUGUCGCUCGGAGAGGCGGAAGGUGUCUCGCAUGCGGACAAAGAGCUGGCGAUGCCCGAGCCUCAAGGACAGAAAGGAUGCACUGCUGCUUGGAAUGCAUUCAAGGACGCGUUGACACUGUUCACGACUCGGAAGAUUCUGCUGCUGUCGUUGACAUUUAUCUACACCGGUCUGGCGCUCACAUUCUUCUCGGGCGUCUACUCGUCGAGCAUCGGCUUCACCGAGGCCAUGGGUGAGAAGCGCAAGAGCCUUGUCGGGCUAUCGGGAAUUUGCAUCGGCAUUGGUGAAGUCGUCGGCGGAGCUAUCUUCGGAAUGCUCGCUUCCAGAGCUGGCCCCAUUGGCAGAUGCACCGGCUGGCCCGUGGUCGUCAUCGGGUUUUUUGUCACUCUCUUUGCCUACAUUUCUAUACUUCUCAAUUUGCCUAACGAUUCCCCCUUCAGCGACACCAAUCAAACAGGUUUCAUCAAACCCGUACCAGUUUUAGCAAUGAUUGGGAGUCUUACGCUCGGAUUCGGUGACGCUUGCUUUAAUACUCAAAUCUACUCGCUCCUGGGAGUUCUUUAUGCUAAGGAGAGCGCUCCAGCUUUUGCGCUCUUUAAAUUCUGCCAGUCUGUCGCGGCUGCGGUCAGUUUUGUUUACAGCAGCUACAUUGGGCUACAUGCCCAAUUGUCCAUACUCAUUUUUUCGAUGUUACUUGGAACCGUUGCGUUCUGUUUCAUUGAUCGGAGAUACUCUAAUAGGAAGAGCACUGAUUAUACUGAAACUGAUACCACCUUGGGUAAUAGUGUCAGUCAUGAAGAAUAG